GUGUGUGUGUGUGUGUGUGUGGCAGCUAGCGGUGGAUUAUUUCGAUCACUGCCCCGAGUUCGGCCGUGUUUAUCUGGAGCUGCAGAUGGAGAGAGUGCCGCUGGAGACGGAGCGCAAAGCGCUGAAGGUGCUCAGGAUCUGUGAACAGAGACAGAUGAACGAGCAAGUGCGCAGUAUCUGUAAGAUCAUGGCUAAAAGGGCUCUCAGUAAUAACAGACUGGGUUCUGCUCUCUCCUGGAGUAUCAGAGCUAAAGACGCAGCCUUCGCCACACUCAUCUCUGAGAGGUUUCUGCAGGAUUACUGCACACGCGGCUCGUUCUCUGAUCUGGAUCUGAUCGAUAACCUCGGACCUGCCAUGCUCCUCAGCGACAGACUCACAUUCCUCGGGAAGUACCGUGAGUUCCACCGGCUGUACGGAGAGAAGAAGUUCACAGAUGCAGCGAAGCUCCUGCUCUCCCUCAUGACAGCAAAGAUCGCUCCUCGCAGCUUCUGGAUGACUCUGCUCAUAGACGCCCUGCCCUUACUGGAGCAAAAAGAGGUGAUCUUUUCAGUGGAUCAGACCCAUGAACUCAUGUUCUGUCUGGAAGAGCUGACCUCUGACAACAGCAAGCUCCAACCAGAGCGUCUAGCACAGGAUGAUGAUGUCGAGUCCACAAAGCUGGAGCUGCUGCGAUUGGCUCUGGCGCGUAACCUGGCGAUGGCCAUCGUGAAGGAGGGAACAGUCGAGGCCUAAACACACACACACUCACACACUCCAGUUUCAUUAAUUCACACAAAGCCCUCACGUUAUCUCACUGCACUGUAUAUAAAACUAAAUGAAUGAAAUGUUUUGACAGUUUAAUUAAAAAAGUUUUUGCAA